UAUACCCACAAGAUUCCACUGGGCAGGUUGGAAGAUCCGAGUCAGUAGGAGACAGGAUGGUGGAGGCAAAGGUUAGAGUGAAGGAAGGAGGGGCUGUGAGCCAAGGAAGGCCGUGGCUUCUGGAAGCUGGAAAAGACUUGGGAGUGGAUUCUCCCCUGGACCGUCUAGAGAGAACCAGCCCUAUGCACCAGUCACUUUAGACUUCUGAUCUCCAGAACACAGCCACUGAUUAGACUAUGGAGCUGUGGAUGCAACUGAAGCAGGCGGGACUGGAGCCCCCUGGGCUGGGCCCACUACCCCAGGCCCUGAGGGGACCCCCCUCAGAGGGGAGCCCUGGACAGACCCUUCUGUCCCCAGAGGAGGAACCUGGAGGUGCCAAGGAGAGUCUGCUGUGGAUCUGGGAGGAGCUGGGAAAGCUGCGCCGUGUGGAUAUCCAGCUGCUGGGCCAGCUGUGCAGCCUGGGGCUAGAGAUGGGGGCACUGCGGGAGGAUCUGGUGGCCAUCCUGGAAGAGGAGGAGGAGAGCAGCGAUGAGGAAGAGGAGGAGGAGGAAGAGCCCCAGGGGAAGCAGGAGGAAGGAUGCCCGGGGACCUCCUUCCCAAUCCCACGCCUCCCUGACUUUGAGAUGACUAUCUGAGAUGCUUUAGUUUGAUGCACAAAUGAGAUAUAUAUUUAUGCAAAGGAGAGGGGAGAUUUGCAGGUCAAAUCCAGUUUGAAGCCAGUGGGCACUCCAGAGCUGGUUCUUUCUCUGAUGAUGUCUGGGGAUGAGAUGUAGGCGUUGGCCUAUGACUAUAGGCGGGUUUGAAUGUGGGUGAUGUGGAAGGUGUACAGAGACGCUGCAGAAGAGCCUCAGGUGUGGCCGUGGAGAUGCGAGUCUUUACAGAUAUGGUGGAGAUGUUUGCAGACUAAGUUGAAGAUCAAUACCAUCCAGUGUGGUAGCCACCAGCCAAACAUGGCUGUUGAGCACUUGACACAUGGUAGAUUCACAUUGGGAUGUGCUUUGUGUAAAAUAUGCACAAAAUGUAAAAGAUCAUGUGGUAAAAAGAAGGUAAAACAUCUCAAUAAUUUAAAAUAUUGAUUAUAUGUUGAAAUGAUAAUAUUUUGAGUAUAUUAGGAUAAAAUAUUAUUAAAAUUAAUCUUGCCUAUUCACUUUUUAUUGUGGUAAAAUAAUAACAUAAAAUUGAUUGGGUUAACCAUUUUAAAGUAUGUGGUUAGGUGGCAUUAGUAACAUUCUUGUGGUUGUGUAACUAUCACAAGAACUCCCUUCAUCCUGCAAAACUGAAACUCUAACAUUAAAUAGUAACUCUACAUGAUCCUGUCCCUUCUCUAUGAACUUGCUAAUCUAGGUACUUCAUCCAAAUGAAUCAUACAAUAUUUGU